AUGGCGGCCGGCUGCGGAAGCUGGGCGCGGCUUUGGUCGCUGUUGGCGCUGGCCGCUCUGGUAGGGCUGGGCGCCGAGGCCAAGAACUCUGAAGAUGUCCGAUGUAAGUGCAUCUGCCCUCCUUACAAAGACCAUUCAGGCAAUAUUUACAACAAAAAUGUUUCACAGAAAGACUGUGAUUGUCUUCAUGUGGUUGAGCCUAUGCCUGUCCCUGGACCUGAUGUAGAAGCCUACUGCUUACGUUGUGAAUGCAAAUAUGAAGAGAGAAGCUCUGUCACAAUUAAGGUUACAAUCAUCAUAUACCUGUCUAUUUUGGGCUUACUUCUUCUGUACAUGGUGUACCUUACACUGGUGGAACCUAUACUGAAGAGACGUCUCUUUGGACAUUCUCAGCUCAUACAAAGUGAUGAAGACAUUGGGGAUCACCAGCCUUUUGCAAACGCACACGAUGUGCUGGCUCGCUCUCGGAGCCGUGCCAAUGUGCUGAACAAAGUGGAGUAUGCCCAGCAGCGCUGGAAGCUCCAGGUCCAAGAGCAACGCAAAUCUGUCUUUGACCGUCACGUCGUGCUGAGCUAAUUGUGUUACAGUGAAAAUGACUCCAGGGAAGCCAAGUGGACUGAUGUCUUCCUGAUCCUGCCAGUUCAGAAAUGCUUUACUGAAUGGUUUAUUGUUGAUUUAAA